AGUGCGAACAUGCCAUACUGGGUUUACCAAGGGUUAAUGUUUAUUGAAAUGAUUGAAUACAAAGCAGAAAGAGAUCAUAAACGUGGGACCCCUAGAAAAGAAAACCUGAUACACCGAUUCCUGGCUUUGUAUCCAAUAAUUGCAAAUAAAAAACCUGACCGUGUGAACACAUCCUGACACUUCAGUUUGGCCUCAUAGCGGUGACGUUUAUGACCCCUAGGUCAGGAUUUGUUGGUGGUCAUGGCCUUCAGCUAUAGAAUUACUUCCGCUCUCCACCCCGCUCAUUCUUUCCUAUUGCCAAUCCUUCCAGCUGCCUCUAGUACGUGUGACAUGUCCCAGGCUCCAGUGCGCAGCCACACUCCCUCCCGACCCCGCCACUCGCGUACAGCGAACACUGGGAGUGGGCAAAAGCGGAAAGCCGGAAAAAAGAGGCGUGGCUAAUCAUGACCGCGCCCCCUCUCCGUUUCCAAGGCAGCGGACAGGCUGCGAGAGUUUAAAAGGCGCCGCGCAUGCGCAUUAGGCUUUUCUGGGACCGUUUUUUUUGUUCAAUUAGUAGCGCACACCGUUGAACGUCACGUACGAGACAACUGACGUACAGCGAGCCGAGUGUGCCGGUGAGGACGGCGGAUGGAACCCAGCCCCGGCUGUCACGUACUCCGCCUCCUGUGAGGAGACAGAAGUAACGGGAAGGCGAGCAGCACCACCCUGCCGGGCCGUGUCUCCGGGGCCUUUCUCUGCCGCUCCUGGCCUGUGGAGCCCCCUGUGACUGCCCCCACCGCUCCCGUGCUCUGUCAUCCGUCUGAGGUUUAUAUGUCCGUUUUAAAGACUUGUCAGUGAAGGUGUAUGUGAGAACUUGUCCUUUUACAGUCUGUCCAUUAAACUUUCCAUGGAUCCCCGGGUGGCCUGGAUACAGCCGGAGCAGAAGGGUCCCGCCAAUGCCCUGUGGAUGUACAUUUGGGAAACCUCCCAAGGCUUACGUGACCCUCAUCACAGGCAGAUGGCAUCGCCUUCUAACAUGCUACAUGGGGUCUCUAACCACAGUGUCCUAAAUGGCCACCCUGCCUACCCGCCCCAGCUGUGUCUGAACACCUUGGCCCUUGAUAGGUACAACAUGCUCCAGUCUAGUUCCUCUCGCCCAGGCACCCCUAGCUCCUCUUCCUCCUCCUCCUCUUCGGUUGUGGACAGAGAGGAGGACUCUGUACCAGUAGUUUCUGGCUGUGCUUUACCUCCUGCCUCUGCUUUCCACCCCUGUGACAAUUCUCGUGCUUCAAGACUGCAGAAGAACCCUUCAGUGUCCUCCUCAUGUUCCUCAUCGUCUGACUUGGACGCGGAUGCUUUGAGAUGUUCCCCUCCCUACAUUGUUGGUUCUUCCCCGAAUUGUGCACACCCAAGUUCUUCAGCCUCCACUUUGGGCCGUGAUAAUAGUUUUGGCAGUGGACGUGGUAAUGGUGUCUAUGGCAGUGGUGUUCCUAAACAUCUGAACGCUCCAGUUCCUGUCUAUAGCCCCAAUGCGGGCGACUUCCAUCACAACUUUAUCAACCAGAUUUCCUGCUGUUAUGACCAGCUUCACCAGUACCACCCAGGCCGCAGGAAAAGGGAUAAUAAAGCUAGUACUUACGGUAUGAACUUCUUGCUUCACGAAAGCCUCCAUAGAGGAGUAAGAUGGCCAGAAGGUAGAAAUCUGCACUACGCAUCAGGGACACCGUGGAAAACUAGAGCAUACAGUGUUGGUAUAAAUGGUCUGCAUGAAGAAAUUAUAGAUUUCUAUGAAUUCAUGUCUCCACGCCUGGAAGAAGCUGCAAUGAGAAGAGAAGUCGUCAAGAGAAUUGAAACGAUUAUAAAAAACUUGUGGCCUUCAGCUGAUGUUCAGAUUUUUGGAAGCUUCAGUACUGGCCUUUAUCUCCCUACAAGUGACAUAGAUCUUGUAGUGUUUGGAACGUGGGAUCACCCUCCAUUGCAACUACUGGAACAGGCGUUAAGGAAACAUCAAGUAGCUGAGCCAGAUUCAAUUAAAGUACUGGACAAGGCAACGGUGCCAAUAAUUAAACUUACAGACCGGGAGACAGAGGUCAAAGUAGAUAUCAGUUUUAAUGUAAGAACUGGUGUAAAAGCAGCUCAGUUCAUCAAGGACUGUAUGAAGGAAUACUCUUUACUUCCAUACCUGAUUUUAGUAUUGAAACAGUUUCUCCUUCAAAGGGAUUUGAAUGAAGUUUUUACUGGUGGCAUUAGCUCUUACAGCCUCAUUUUAAUGGCAAUAAGUUUCUUACAGUUGCAUCCUAGAAUUGAUGCUAAAAGGGCAAAUGAGAAUCUUGGCAUGCUUCUGAUUGAGUUCUUCGAAUUGUACGGAAGAAAUUUUAAUUACUUGAAAACCGGUAUUAGAAUUAGAAAUGGAGGCGCUUACAUUGCAAAGGAAGAAAUCAUGAAAGCAAUGGCAAAUGGAUAUAGGCCAUCUAUGCUAUGCAUUGAGGAUCCUUUGUUACCUGAAAACGAUGUUGGAAGAAGUUCAUACGGGGCUGUUCAGGUCCAGCAAGCAUUUGAUUAUGCUUACCUUGUGCUAAGUCAUACUGUGUCACCACUUGCAAGAUCCUACCCGAAUAGGGACACUGAAAGCAUACUGGGCAGGAUUAUAAAGAUCACUCAAGAAGUAAUUAACUACAGGGAGUGGAUCAAGCAAAAAUGGCAAAGCAAGAUAGAGUCUUCAGUCAUCUGCGACGUUGAGAAAGAACCACAGUCCCCUUGCCCAGAUGGGAGUAUGAAGUCUUCUCUUGACCAGAGUGUUUCUUCCUGUAGUCCUCAGCAUUUGUCUUCUGAACCAUGUUCCUCUUCAUCAUCUCUGUCAGGCAGUGAUAUUGACUCGGAUACACCACAAUCUUUAACACCCACCAUUCAGCCUUUUAAUCUGCAGCCAAGGACUCCGAUUAUAGCAAGAAUGCAUCCAACAAUGACUAUAUCUACAGACAAACCCAAAACUGCACAUGCUAGAGCUCUGAUACUUUCUUCUGGUGCUCAGGCUAAUUAUGCCAUCACUGCCCCAGCUCUUAGGAUGCCUCUACCUCCAUGCAGGCAAGCUGGUUUUAAACCAGUUUCACAUAAAACGGUUCAUCAUGUCUUCUAUCCUGCUUCUCUUUCUGCAACCAAUACCCACACUACAAAUCCACAUUAUUUUAAGCAACAUCACAAUGGUAUGAAAGGGAAAGAAAUGUAUAACCGCAGUACGAAAGAUGGUCAAGAAGUCAAUAGCUUCGGUAAUGCAAGACAGACUGGUAGCAGAGGAACAUAUCACUAUAAUCGGAACACAUGGAAGAGGAAAAAGCAGUUGAGGGAUAACCUACCUAUCAACAUCAGCAGAUGAGUUUGCCUUCAUGUGGGAGUCCAAUGCUUACCAAAGUAAAACCUAGUCAACGUUUGGCACUUUUUUUUUUUUUUUUUUUUUGCUUUGUUCACUUUAAAGGGUAAACAAUGACUUGUGCUACCAAGGAAGCAUCUAAUUGAAGUGAUACAAGAAGUUGCUUAGUUUCUUCCUGUGUGGUACCAUGUAACUGAAACCUGCGUGGAGUCCUAGACUUUUCAGACACUCUGGCUUGUCUCUUAUCACAUGACUUUAAGGGGCUUGAACAGUCAGAUUGACAGCCCCUUGCAGGUAUGUGCCCUAUGACCUUCCAACAUGAACAGGAGUGGGGAAGCAAGGCCGUUGCAACAUUCUAGCCAUAAUACUUGGUAGGAUGCAUAAUGGUGUUUUCAUUCAGUUAAAGCCAGAGAACACCUUUUUUUAAAGCCAAUUUAGUAUCUUUUUAACAAAAUGUUAAAUAAAAUUGUGUAUCUUAUUCCUCGAAUUGUCAAAGUGAGAGUACUCCUUUCUCUCCUUUUUACAAAAAAUGCAGUUUUUGUACACUUGGCAGUCUCGGCUGCUAGUAAACAGGAUUGGAAAUGUGAUGUUUUGACAGGGUUAAAGACCGGUGGCCUGUCACUCCAACCUCUGAUAACACAAAUUAAAGGUUUUCACAUUUUGUUAAAGAUUCACUUUCAAUAUAUUUAGUAGUUCUGGUUAAAGGGAACCAGUCAAUAUGCGACCCAUAGUUCAGGCACCAUGAAGCUAAAGUAGUUGGGAUCCUUUAUUAUGGUGAUGGUGUGUUUCGUUGUAAAAUGCUAUGGCUUUUUACUGAAAACUGUUAGGAUACUGGCUGGAAAUGUGAGUCAGUCACCUGGGUGGUCCCUGGCGGUUUUGUUUUGUCCUUCUGGCCAGGACUUAUUCAUCUCUACCUACACAAAUGGGGAGGGAUUUACAAGUUGUAGAAGAUGUCGGGUACCUUCCUGAUGACUGAGCCUUGUUCCUGGUUUGUGUCUUAACUAUGCUUCCUUUUGAAACUCUGUAGCCUUUGAGUGGAUCAUAUGUCAUUGUAAUGAAAUUGCCUGUCGUUGUUUCAUGCUGCCUGAACAAACUGAGGUUCUCUUAUUAUUUAAAUCUCUGGUGGUUUUAAUUCCUUGUAGUGUAACAGAUCUUCCAUUAUCAGAGGCGUUUGCAUAGCCUUAAAUAUGACUUCCUUUUUGGCUUUAUUUUAUUUUUUUUAAUUGCAUAAAUAACAAGUGAUGGGUUCCCUUUCUUUAUACUUGCUUGUUUAUAGGGAACAUUUGUUUUCUCAAUCUGACAUCAUCUCCUUGUCUUAUUGAAAAAUUGGUAAGCCUUGCAAGCUGCCAAAUUUUGACUUAUAAAAUGCUAUUCCCUUCUGACCUAAAACUGCUGAUCUGACAUUUAUUACAGAAUUUCAUUUUUCAGGUCCACAUUGACUGUGCCUUUUUUUUUUUUUUUCUGCCAUUUUCAUUACCGGUUCACUAGGAAACCUUUUUAAUAUUCAGCAUAAACUUUCUUCCUUUCUAGAAGUUGGAUUAUAGGAGCACUAAUGUGUUUAUAGUCUUAUGGGUUUUUUAUAUCACAAUAAUGGUUAUGAGCUGAUAUGUCAGAUGACAUGUUUUGUUGGAGCUGAUAUUAUUUUGAUUUCUUUCUGAAAUCUUUAUGCAGGUGUUCUGUUAAGAACCACAAUUUCAUGAGCCAGUUGUACACAUGUUAAGCAAAUUUACAUUGCUACUUUUAUUGUGUACGGGUCUUCUAUGCAAGGUAAUGUGUGUUUGAUAUACUGUAUAUAUGUGUUUAUGUGUGGAUUUUGUUUUUUUAACCACUACUUUUGAGGUAAUCUGCCUUUGCAUUUAAAUAUUCUUUAACCAUUUAAUUUACCCAAAGUAGGUCUUACUUUUGUACUUUGGAAUAUUCCAGCCUGCAUUAGUAUAUAUGGCUCUGGGCUAUGAAUCUUCUUCCACAGAUAUGUUUAGCGGAGCCAUGCUGGGUAUAGGUAAAUACAGGUUUCAUUGGUGGCUUCAUAUAGAAAUGCUGCUGGACCUGAAAGAUUUCUGCACAUCGAUGAAGUUCACUAUGAAUGAACCAACAUUCCAAAUUAAAGUAGCACAUUCUUAUUGCUGAUCCUGUUCAUAUGCCUAAAAUCUUAUUUGCGUAAAUCUUCUAAAAUUGUCUACAUUGCAUAACAUGUUGUCGGGUAACAUAAUCUUUUACUGUGGAAUAGCAAUAUUUGCACAUGUUUAGAGCAGACAUACUUUUGCAGGCUUGAUAUAUUUUUAAAGUUUGAAGUCAAGCAUGCCCUAGCACCAGGCAACAAAGUAGCUUUAUGCUUAUUUGAAAGGGAUAUCAUGUGUGAACUUUCCAAGAUGGACAGAAGUGUGAGGGAUAAAAUGAAACCUAUUUUUAUGUAUUUUCUAUUUCAUUUUUAAUAAACAGAACUUGUAA